AUGCCUCUCGCGAAAGACCUCCUGCACCCCUCUCCCAAGGAGGAGAAGCAGAAACACAAGAAGAAGCUCCUGGUGCAGAGUCCAAACUCAUAUUUCACGGAUGUAAAGUGCCCAGGGUGCUAUAAAAUCACUACUGUCUUCAGCCACACAGAAACAGUGGUUCUCUGUGUGGGAUGCUCCACUGUGCUCUGUCAGCCUACUGGAGGAAAGGUAAGACUCACAGAAGGAUGCUUCUUCAGACGGAAGCAGCACUAAUGACUGAAUCAAGAUGAUUGAGAAACUGUAAAGAAUAAAAAAAAUUUGAUACAAA